AUUCAGAUAUUGUAAGUUACCAUAUUAUCUCCAUGCAGCAACUCAACAACACUACUAUUAUCCUACACCCUCCCUUCCCGUCCUUCUUCCCUCAACCUCACCACGGCCACUCUCACCUCUACAGAACCAAUCUAAAACCACCUCCAAACCCAAGAACACCACCUCUCCAUUUCUCCUCAAAAACCAUCUCAUUCCCUCCACCAAAUCACACUGAUCCCCUUAACCUCUCAUUACUACCACAAAUUUCCAAUCUCUGCCAAACAAAUAACCUAUCCUCAGCACUCACCCUCAUUCAACAAACCCUCAAACAUGAGUCCUUCAACCCCUCACAAACUAAGGAAGCAAUGGGUAUUCUUCUCCAAGCUUGCGGCCGCCAGAAAGACAUGGAGACGGGCAGAAAGUUACACCAGAUUGUUUCAGAUCUUCACUUUUAUCGCGACGACUGUGUUCUUAAUACCCGUCUCAUUACUAUGUACUCAAUGUGCGGGUCUGUGGUGGAAUCCCGUGCUCUGUUUGAUGGUUUAAAAAGGAAGAAUUUGUUCAUGUGGAAUGCGAUUAUUAGUGUUUGUGCGAGAGAUGGACUUUAUAGUGAUGCAGUUAACCUGUUUGUGAAAAUGCUGACGGGUGGCGAGUUUAGACCGGAUAAUUAUACUUUUCCUGGAGUGAUUAAAGCUUGUGGUGGGGUUUUGGAUUGUAGGUUGGGUCAGGUGGUUCAUGGGAUGGUGGUGAAGAUGGGUUUGGGUUCGGAUGUCUUUGCGGGUAAUGCUUUGGUUGCUAUGUAUGGGAGAUUUGGGUUUGUUGAUGAAGCAGUGAAGGUGUUUGAUUAUAUGCCUGAGAGAAAUUUGGUUACUUGGAAUUCGAUGAUUUCCGUGUUUUCGGAUAAUGGGUUUCAUCGAGAUUGUUUUAGUGUCUUAGUGGAGAUGUUGGUUGAUGAUGAGGCAUUGUUGCCUGAUAUGGCGACUAUCGUGACUAUACUGCCUAUAUGUGCAAAAGAAGGAGAAGUUCGUAUGGGAAUAGGAAUUCAUGGUUUGGCGGUAAAGCUGGGGCUGACCGAAGAGGUGAGGGUUAAUAAUUCUUUGGUUGAUAUGUAUUCGAAAUGUGGGUACUUGGUUGAAGCUCGAAUGUUAUUUGAUAAGUACAAUAGCAAAAACGCAGUGUCUUGGAAUACUAUGAUUGCAGGAUUUUCUACUCGUGGAUAUGUCUGUGAGGCAUUUGAUCUUAUCAGGAGAAUGCAUAUGCAAGGAGAUAUUGAGGUUAAUGAGGUUACAAUGUUGAACAUUCUGCCUGUUUGUUUGGAGAAAUCACAUUUGUCAAGUUUAAAGGAGCUUCAUGGGUUUUCAAUUAGACUCGGGUUUCAAUAUGACGAGUUGGUGGCAAAUGGUUUUGUUGCAGCCUAUGCUAAAUGUGAGAAGCUGAGUUCUGCUCAGCUUGUUUUUUCCAGCAUGGAGAGAAAGACUGUAAAUUCUUGGAAUGCACUUAUAGGUGGUUAUGCACAAAAUGGUGAACCUAGAAAAGCUCUAGAUGUGUAUAUUGAGAUGACAGAUUCAGGGUUAAAACCUGAUUGGUUUACAAUUGGCAGUCUUCUGUUAGCUUGCGCCAACCUGAAGUCAGUCCGCCAUGGCAAAGAAGUUCAUGGAUAUGUGGUACGAAAUGGAUUAGAAAUUGACUCAUUUAUUGGCAUCUCGCUACUUUCGCUUUACAUUCAAUGCGGAGCAACAUCUACCGCUCGUUUAUUGUUUGAUGCGAUGGAAGAAAAGAGUUCGGUGUCUUGGAAUGCAAUGAUUUCUGGUUACUCCCAAAAUGAGCUUCCAGAUGAAGCCCUGGCUUUGUUUCGUAAAUUACUUUCUGAAGGAAUUCAGCCAUCUGACAUUGCUAUUGUUAGUGUGCUUGGGGCAUGCUCACAACAAUCAGCUUUGCGGCUGGGAAAAGAGGUUCAUUGUUAUGCAUUAAAAGCCCUCCUUAUGGAUAAUGAUGUUUUUGUUGCUUCUUCUACUAUAGAUAUGUAUGCAAAAUGUGGAUGCAUAAAAGAAUCUCGAAUUGUUUUCGAUCAGUUGAGAGAUAAAGAUGUUGCUUCGUGGAAUGCUGUAAUUGCUGCAUACGGAGUUCAUGGACAUGGAAAUGAGGCAAUAGAGCUAUUUGAGAAAAUGAAGAAAGUUGGCCACAAGCCUGAUGUUUUCACAUUUAUCGGUAUUUUAACUGUGUGCAGUCAUGCCGGUUUAGUGGAGGAGGGGCUGAAAUAUUUCAAUGAGAUGCAGACUUCAAAUGGAAUAGAACCAAAACUGGAACAUUAUGCAUGUCUUAUGGAUAUGUUAGGUCGCGCUGGAAGAUUGGAUGAAGCUCUAAGGCUUGUCCACGAGAUGCCUGAACAACCAGAUAGUCGAGUCUGGAGCUCAUUGCUGAGUUCCUGCAGAAGUUUUAGCGAGGUGGAAAUAGGGGAGAUAGUUGCAGAGAAGUUGUUAGAAUUAGAGCCAAGGAAAGUAGAGAACUAUGUGUCACUUUCAAACUUGUAUGCCGGUUCAGGUCAGUGGGAUGAUGUCCGAAGGGUGAGGAAAAUAAUAAAGGAUAUCGGCCUUCAGAAAGAAGCGGGCUGCAGUUGGAUUGAACUCGGAGGUAAAGUAUAUAGUUUCAUUGCGGGGGACAAUUUGCUACCGGAGUUAAAAGAGAUACGGACUACAUGGAGAAAAUUAGAACAAAGGAUAAGUAAAAUUGGAUAUAUACCUAACACAAGCUGUGUUCUUCAUGAAGUGGAGGAAGAGAAGAAGAUAGAGAAAUUACGAGGUCAUAGCGAGAAGCUUGCAAUUUGUUUAGGAUUGUUAAAGACAAGAAAAGGUACAACUCUGAGAAUCUUCAAGAAUCUGCGAAUAUGUGCAGAUUGUCAUAAUGCUGCUAAGUUCGUAUCGGAGGUUGUUGGAAGAGAGAUAAUCGUUAGAGAUAACAAGCGGUUUCAUCAUUUUAGACAUGGACUGUGUUCUUGUGGAGAUUAUUGGUGAAAAGAGGCAGUCAAGUUUCCCUUCUGUUAAUGUGUGUUAACAGGAUCAAAGUACAAAUUGUAUCUAUCCAUUGUAAAAUCAAAAUUAUGUAUGUUUAUUCAUAGUAUAUAAUUAGAAAUGAUUGAACAAA